AUGUCUCAAGACGCUUUAAAAGGCAUUGCCGAUAGACUUGAUAAUACCAUUAAAGAAACCAACGAAUUCUUCAAAUCACUCAGUAAUCCAUACUCAUCAAAAUACAAUUUAUUUAACAUUGGGACUGUGAGUGGAGCAAAACUAAAGGUUCUUAAAGAUGGUGAAGAGGAAGCCCCUGAUAAAAAAUGGGUUCUGCCUUACACCCUUCCAGUAUUGAAGGCUUUAACGCAAGGAACUGGAAGAAAUGGUGAUAAACCUAUAGUAUUACCUGCUCCGGUCCUUACCGGUAGGGUUCCAAAUGCUAGUUUGCAGACCACAACUAGAGAGAAUCAAGAUUACCCAGAUUUAAACGCAGCCAAAUAUGAAGAAAAGUAUAAGCCAUCCUUGGAGGGCUGGACUGAAAGGCAGAAGCGCUUUUUUUACAGGUUUGCAGCCGACUCUGAGAAAAAGAUGCGUCAAGAAAGUUUGAGAUUACAGGACGAAUAUAAUAAGCAGUUGGCCACUAAGUUGGCAAUGGUGAAGAAUGAAAUUUAUGAAACCAACCGAAAGAAUUUGCUGGAUCUUCAGGAGAUGAAGUUAGAGCGUGAAAGGUGGUUACUUGAUGAAUCUGAGACCAAAAACAACCUUGAGAAAGUUUCCAGUGCUUUUGAAAGUCUUCAGAAAUCAUACGAUAAUUUGCGAUUAGAGCUAGAAGAACGAGAAUUUAAGAUUAAUAAUUUAAACGGACAACUUUCAAAUAAUGAGAGACUUCUUAAUGCUCUAAGAUCAGAUAAUGAAACUUUGCAAACAGAAAUACAUGGGAGAUCUGAACUUAUAUCCAGACUACAAACUGAUGUGCAAGAUGCCUACUUGAGAUUAGAAAAUGAGAGUUCCAAAUGUGCAAAUUUGGAAAAGGAACUCUAUGAACUGAAUCAAGAGAAAAGAGAACUAGUCGAGGUUAAUAAGGACCUUAAGUCUCAGGUUGACUCUCUCCUUCUAAGUAACAAGUUCCUUUUAACUGAGAAGGAGUCAUUGGAAAAUCGCAAAUGUAAACUUGAACAGGAAGUUUCAGACUUGAAUAGAACAGUUUAUUCUCAACAAAACCUUGUUCGCAACUUUGAAAUUUCAGAAUCUUCUAAGAUUACCGCUCUUGAGGAAAAGGUCAACACACUUCAAAACCAGCUUAAGAGGGCUCAAAUUGAUUUACUAGCUGCUGAUAAUCGCCCUGAGUUGGAAAGCUUAACCAGGGAAGUUAAUGUUUUAAGGGCUCAUGUUAAACAGUUAAACUUAGACAAUGAUUCGAUGUUUAAGGAGAAUUCCAUUUUACUUAAGAAACUUGACCAGGAAAAGGCUCUGGUUAAGGAACACUUAAAUGAACUAUACGUUACUAAAUGCAAGGCUAAUAAUUUAAGACACCAACUUAAAUCUCUACUACAGAACACCUCUAAGAAUAAUAAUACAGUCACUGUAAGUACCGAGUUACUUGAGUUGUACAAGGAAAAGUUGGCUGAAGGUAAUUCGAAAAGGGAAAAGUCUAGGGAUUUAUUUAAACCAACUAUGUUUGAUGGCCCUGAUGAGGAGACUCAAGUUAGAAUAAACGACCUUGAAAAGGAACUCACUGAGCUUUACCUUGAGAGGGACCGGCUUGAAUCUGAGAUGAUUCGUUGUAAUUUAGGCCCUGGAUCCCCUUCUCUUGUCAAAAGGCAGCACUUUUUACUUGAAGGGAAGCUUGCUGAAACCCGCAAGAAAAUAAAUGAACUUUCCUCAAAAAUCAAGCAGCUUUACAACAAAUAA